AUGUAUCUUGGCUAUGUUGCAGCAGAACAAGUGACACCGGCUCUGGAGGGACAAGAAGGGGAGCUGCUCAUGAAAGGACCUUCCAUCUUCUGUGAGUACUGGAACAGACCCAAAGAAACAGCAGAUGCCUUCACACCCAAUGGCUGGUUCAAAACAAAAGACACAGCAGUGUACAAGGAUGGCGUUUACUGGAUUGAGGGCUGCACCUUGGUAGACAUCAUCAAAAAGAGAGGGUUAAAAAUCAGUGCUCUGGAGGUAGAGCAUCAUCUGCUUGCGCACCCCUGUAUCACAGAUGUAGCUGUGAUUGGGCCUCCAGACAUGGUCUGGGGCCAGCAGGUCAGCGCUGUCGUGCAGCUGUGCAAGGGUGAGAUGCUCUCCGUGAAGGACCUGAAGGACUGGUCCAGGGAGAUCAUGGCACCGUACACCAUCCCAACUGAGCUGAUCGUGGUGGAGGAGGUCCCACGCAAUCAGAUGGUAAAAGUCAACAAGAAGGAGCUUCUGCAGCGCUUUUACCCAGCCUAGUGCAUGGCCUCAGACCAGGACUAGGAACCUGGGGGUGUUUAGUCCUCGGCUGCAUCCAUUCUCCCUCCACAACAGCACCGAUGAGGUGCCAGCAGUGAUUAGCAGGGGCAGGUCUGGGCUCACUGCAGUCUUGUCCAUGAAUAAAGUCCAACAAAGUAGGAUUCAUCCCA